AGGAGAGGGGCGGGGCCAGCCGAGGGCAGCGAUGUGAGCGUAGCAGCAGCUCUCUGCUGGAUGCGGUCGGUCAGAGCUGACUCUCACGCGUUAACCACAGCCAGGGAUCCGCUCACUGAAUUUCACUUGUCGAGAAACGAGCAGGCUAGGAAGACUCGCGUUAUUUGCAAUAUAACUGCGUUAGCCAAGUAGAAUUAUAUCUUGAGAUCACUGUGGAGUGAAGGAACAAUCCAGGGAAUCUCAUUCUUGAAGAGAGAGACUACCGAUAAUAUGAUUUGAAUCAAAGGGAGGAACUGAACUGUUGUCCCCUAACAGGAUGAACCUCCUCCCGCUUUAUGCCGCCGUGUUGCUGUGGGCUUUGAGCCCCACUGUGCAGAACCACUGUGAUAAAUCGCCUGAGAUAAGCGGACUGAAUCUCUCUGUGACCUACGAGCUCCCAACCUUCACCGCAGACUUCCCCAUCCAAAACAUGGUCACGCUGGACGGCGUCAUCUACGUCGGAGCUGUGAACAGAAUCUAUGCCUUGGCGCCGAACCUCACGAAGCUGUCUGAGUACCACACAGGGCCGCUGCUCAGCAGCGAGGCUUGUGGCCGGACGCAGAUGAGAACGGGCGGUACUGGCAGGGUUGACAACCACAAUAUAGCUUUGGUGGUGGAGAACAUCUACGACAAGGGUCUGUACAGCUGUGGGUCGGCGGAUAACGGAGUGUGCCGCCGCCACGUUCUGGACGAAGGUUAUAGCCUGAACGCUGUCGACGAGGACGUCUACUGCUUCGCGGACAAGGUGAGGCCGGGCGAGGGUCGACCCAUUGAUCCAGACGUUGUCGUCAGCCCAUCGGGUUCCCAAGUGCUCAACGUUGAGAGCAACAUCAUCAAUUUUUUUGUGGGGAACUCUGAGAUCCCAAACUCAGGAAACAUUUCUGACCAUGACACGCGUCCACACACCAUCUCCCAGCGCAAGAUGAAAACCAGCCAAAAUGGCUUCACUUUUUUCUCCAGCUUUUCAUACAUGGACCUGAUCCCCUCCCUCCAAGGAAACUACUACCUGCGGUACGUUUACUCCUUCCACAGCGGACCCUUCACUUACUUCCUUACAGUGCAGCAGGUGAGCAAGGACACCAAGGCCUACCACACCCGCAUAGUCCGGAUGUGUUCCUCAGACCCCGAGAUUCGCCGGUACGUGGAAAUGCCCCUCGAAUGUAUUAGCACCGUCAAACGACGCAGACGCUCCACCGAACCCAUGAAGGUGUUCAACAUCCUUCAGGCUGCCUACGUCACCAAGGUGGGCAAAGACGCAGUACUGCAGAUGCAACAGAAGGUGGAAGUAGGUGAAGAUGUUUUGUUUGCCGCCUUCGCUCAAGGCAAGCCAGACUCCCCGGAACCGACCCCCAACUCGGCCAUCUGCGUCAUGUCCCUGAAAAACCUCAACGGCAUGUUCAAGAUGAACCUGGAGAAGUGCAACACCAUCGACCCGUACCACUUCACCGGCUCAGACGAGAAGUCCUGCUACAAUGUGACGUCCUCUGAUGACUGCGACCCCCACGAAGGCAUCCACGAGGGGAGAGAGGGAAAGUACCGCUUGCAGGUGACCCAGGUUGCCCAGAGGCUGGAGUACUGGCACAAAGACUUGAAAAACACCCUGGUCACCUCGAUCACGGUGGUUCCAGUCAACGAUCGCACCGUGGCGUUCCUGGGGACAGCAGACGGGCGACACAUACAGGUACUGUUCUCCCGAUCGGCCUCUCCCCACGUGAACAUCAGCCUCGACUCGAGUCCUGUCUCUGCCAGUGUGAUACUGCCGAGACAGGAAGCCACGGGCAGUACUCCCCUUUCAGAGGGAGCCGUGCUGAUGGCCACAGGGAACAAGAUCACCAAGAUCCCUCUGAUUGGCCCGGGCUGUGGUCAGCUGACUAACUGCACGUCUUGCUUGCUGUCAUCAAGCGUGACCAAAUGUGGCUGGUGUGAUGGCCGCUGCACCAGAAGGAACCAGUGUCCCUCCUCCUCCACGUGGGUUCAGGACAGCUGCACACCCGUCAUCACCAAGGUGUUCCCCUCCUCUGGACCAAUCAGAGGCUCUACAGCUGUAACGAUUUGUGGACGCAACUUCGGCUUCGACAAGACAGAGAAAUUCAAAGCCUCAUUGGUGAACGUGGAAGUGGCCGGAGCUCCGUGCAAGCUGAAUAGACAGGACCAUACAAACGGAUUGACUGAGAUCCAGUGUUCCCCAGUGUUCAGUGGGAACUUUACUCCAUCAGGACACGCGGUGAAGGUCACCAGUGGCCACAAGGUAUCCAAACUGGAGGGCUUCAAAUUUGUGGACCCGGUGAUCAGCGACAUCUUUCCCACAUUUGGCCCAAAGGCUGGAAACACCAGGUUGACUAUCAGAGGAGCUUUUCUGGACACUGGAAACAAACGAGUGGUGACUGUAGGAAAGGAAAUCUGUCACAUCCAGAGCCAGUCACCCAACAUGCUGAUCUGUCAGACGCCGUCACACACUGCUCCCUCGGAGCAGCCGGUGAAGCUGACGGUGGAUUCAGUUGAACGUCGUGCGCCUGUGCUGUUCACCUACAACAAAGACCCCAUCAUCAGCAGCAUCCAGCCGCUGCGCUCCUUUGUCAGUGGAGGCUGCACCCUGUCAGCUCAUGGCUUGUACCUCCAAUCCGGCCUCCAGCCCCAGAUGGUCCUCACCACCGAUCAGGAUGAUGCUGCAGCCUUCUAUGUGAGCUGUGUGUAUGGAGAAAACCAGACCUCCAUUCAGUGUACCACACCUUCCCUGGCUAAGCUUGGCCUGCAGCCACCAGUGGUCACCAAGGUGAAGUUUGUCUUGGACGGCUUCGUAACAGAUAAAAAGGACCUGAUCUACGUGGAGGACCCACUGUUUCACGACCCCAAGCUUACAUCCAAGGACAACAAGAGUAUCGUGGAGCUCAAAGGUGAUCGGAUGGACAGGGAGGCAAUGAAGUGUCAGGUCCUGACCGUUUCCAACCACAGCUGCGAGAGUCUGACCAUGGUAGGAAACACACUGGAGUGCACCGUUCCCACCGAACUGCAGGCCGCCACAGCCAAGGAGCUGCAGGUGGAGUGGCGCCAAGCGGACUCCAUCAAGCAUCUGGGCAAGGUGACGCUGGCGCAGGAGCAGGACUACACAGGCCUCAUCGUGGGCUGCGUCUGUGUCAGCCUGCUGCUGCUCUCUCUGGUAACGCUGCUGAUGUGGAGGAGGAGCAAGCACAUUGACGAUCUGUCUGAGGUGUGGUAUGAUGGCCGGGGUCACAUCCAGCAUCUGGACAGGCUGGCUAACGCGAGGAGCGUCAGCCCCACUAACGAAAUGGUCUCCCACGAGUCAGUCGACUAUAGAACAACCCUGCUGGAGGAUCAGGGUGUCGACAGGCCCGAGACAUGUCGGGCAGCUCCUCCCAUCUACAGAGCCAAUGGGGAGCUGCUGUCUCCCAGACUGGUCACGGUGGGACGUGGGAUUGGCCUGGGCAUGGAAGGCGAAUUGGUUUCACCCCUCUUGAUGGCUCCGGUCCACAUCGACCCGUCCUGUCUUCACCCGGACCUGCUGACUGAGGUGCAGCAUGUGGUGAUCGCAAGGGAGAAACUGCUGCUUCACGUCAACCAGGUCAUCGGCCGAGGCCACUUUGGCUGUGUUUUCCACGGAACGCUGCUGGAGUCGGAUGGGCAGAAGCAGCAUUGUGCCGUCAAGUCCCUAAACCGAAUCACAGACUUGGAAGAAGUUUCCCAGUUUCUGAAGGAGGGGAUCAUCAUGAAGGACUUCAGCCACCCCAACGUUCUCUCCCUGCUGGGCAUCUGCCUUCCACCUGAGGGUUCCCCGCUGGUGGUCCUGCCCUACAUGAAGCACGGCGACCUGCGCAACUUCAUCCGGGACGAAGGCCACAACCCAACAGUGAAGGACCUGAUGGGCUUCGGGCUGCAGGUGGCCAGAGGGAUGGAGUACCUCGCCAGCAAGAAGUUUGUCCACCGUGACCUGGCUGCCAGGAACUGCAUGUUGGACGAGAGCUACACAGUCAAGGUGGCAGACUUCGGCCUCGCUAGGGACGUCUACGACAAAGAGUACUACAGCGUCCACAACAAGAGCGGAGUCAAGCUGCCCGUCAAAUGGAUGGCUCUGGAAAGUCUCCAGACACACAAGUUCACCACCAAGUCAGACGUGUGGUCUUUUGGAGUGUUAUUAUGGGAACUAAUGACACGAGGAGCCCCACCGUACUCUGAUGUGAACUCCUUUGACAUCACCGUGUUCCUCCUGCAGGGGAGGAGGCUGCUGCAGCCCGAGUUCUGCCCGGAUACUCUCUACACGGUGAUGAUCGAGUGCUGGCACCCAAAACCGGAGCGCCGCCCCUCCUUCUCCGAGCUUGUGGACCGCAUCUCCGCCAUCUUCUCCAGCUUCAGCGGGGAGCACUACGUCCUCCUCAACACCACGUAUGUCAACAUAGAGAAGAUGACCCCCUACCCUUCCCUUCUCACCUCCACGUCGGAUUCCUCCUCUGAGCCCUCCACCUCCGCGUCCCUGCCCUCCCACUCCCCGCUGCUGUGCCGCGUGGAGCGCGACUGUUGCACCUGAGACGUGAGGGAGGAGCUGGCGACGGUCGUCCUGGAGACGGACUCAGAAAGAGAGAACUACUGUCUGUACUUGCCAAACACUGGACACUGCGUGCUGAGGACACCACAGACUGCUCCGGAGCGUAGACUGUUUCCUGGGAGUAGAUAGAUUGCGAUCCUUGGGAAAUCUCUACCUGACAGGGGGGGGGGGGCCGUCGAGAGCAGACCUGCUUGACUCCCACCACAGACCUCAAGGAGAACAGUUCCAGACUUUUACGGGUCAGAUAAACGCCGUGUCAAAGAUCUCCAGCUGACAAAGCCUUCCUGGCAAAAAGCACAUCUCAGUGACCACUGCGCAAAUAUCUCCUUCCCCCCCGUGGUGGCACACGCUUCCAGAAGACAAUGUUUCUCUUCAUUUUCCGUACUCUGUAAUGUGAAUGCGUAGGAAAUGGCCAUGUGUUCUUGUUGUAUAAACCUCUCUCUCUCCUCCAUGAGCACAACUUGGGACACCGCAGCCUGCUUGGAGGGAUUAGGGCGUCUCUGGUGCUGGAGGACGACUGCCGCAGGUAGGGGGGGGAAAUCAGGAAGUGAAGAGCCCCCGCUGCUGUGUGCGUUUAUUUGUACACUUACUUAGCCUUGGUCAAAAAGCUUUCACGUGCUUGGGGGCAAAAAAAGGUUGUGAGUGUGGUUGGCCCGUGUGAAUCAGCCAGAUGGUUUCACUGGGUCGGUUAAUCAUACGUCAAAAACGCUACAGUUGUCACACUUGAAAGAGCUUGGAAGCCCUCUAAGGAAGGAUAAUGCCAUGUCCCCAGUUUUUUUUUAUUUGUUUGGGGUCUUUUGUUAUUGAACGAACCAGUGGGAAACUCAAUGGAUGUUGAGUUGGAAUGAGAUCUGCUAAGUUUCCAGGCAGGCUAACGCUUCACACCCGUGUUCUUCAAAACAUUCUUGAAACGCCUUCUUCUAGGAAGGAGCAACUUUCUUCUGAAUAUAAUGUUUCUAAUAAGGUGUGCCUUGCAAAAGUAUUCACAACCAUUGAUUUAUUCCGCAUUUUGUCACUUCACAGCCACAAGUAAAGUCUAAAAAGGUGUGGUCUGAUGGAUUUUGAUGUGGCCUUUAGCAUGACACUGCCAUGACCGUGUUUCACCACAGGGACGGUGUGUUCAGGGUGAUGCACAGUGUCGGUUUACCUUCACACAACAUUUUGCAUGUGAGCCAAAACGUUCCAUUCUUCUCUCAUGUUUUCUCUAAUAUGUUUGCUAUGUUGACAUGCUGUCAAGACAAUGUGUUUCUUUUUGCCACUCUAAAGGCCAGCUUUAUAGAGCGCGCAGCUAACAUUUGUCCUGUCAGCAGACUCUUCUACCUGAGCUGUGGCUCUUGGCAGCUCCUCCUGAGUUACCAUGGCUCUUUUGUCUGAUUGAUGCUCAUCUUGCCCAGUCUGUCUGCAUAACUAGCAUAUUGUUCUAGGUUUGUGGAUGUGCCAUACCCUCUCCAUGCUCAGAAGAUGAGUUUAACAGUGCUUUUGAAGAUGUGGCUGGGAUAUUGCUUUAAAAUGUAACUUUGCUUUAAACUUCUUCACAAGGUUAUCCCUGACCUGUCUGCUGUGUGCCUUCAUCUGAAUGAUGUUCUGACAAAGCUUUCAGCCCCACACACACAACAGCUGCAUUUAUAAUGGGAUUCCAUUUACAAAUUUACAAAAGCAACUUCUAAAGGUGAUUGGUUGGUCUGGGUUUUAUUUAAGGGUAUUAGAGUAAAGGGGACAGAAUACAAAUACAUGUCAAACCUUUCAGACUCUGCGUAAAACAGUUUAAAAAGCAUGUAUUAUUUCCAUCCCAGUUCACUAAUAUGGGCUACUUUGUGUUUUUUCUUUAACAAAAAAUACGUUGAUCUUUGUCAUUGUAAUGAGACAAAACAUAGAAAAGUUCAAGGACUAUGAAUACUUUUGCGAAGCACUGUUCAUUUGGGUUUGCUGUAUUUUCAUUUAAAUGAUCACUAACGGACAUGAGCCUGUAAACCACUUUUAUAAUCAAUGUUAUGUUUAUGAUUGCUUCAUGUAGCAGUUUUCAUUGUUGUUUUUUUUUGUAUAUGAAUGGCUGCCGGUGUGUUAGCCCAGUCAAACACGGACAGGUAUGAAUGUUUGCUCUUCUGAGAAUUUUUUUUUUUUUUUUUUUUUGCUGAACUACAUUGUUGUAUCACAGAUGAGCCUCUUAAUUAAACACGUUCCAAUGGAAAGGCCGGCGCAACAUGAUAGUCCAGUUGAUCAAAGAUUUAUUUUUCUUUUUCUAUAAGACAAAUCACUGCCAUUUUGUAAAUAAAGACAAUCGAACAAUAUGGUCCGUGUGGAUGGUCGUUUGGCCUCUGGCCAUUUUUUGCCGGAUUAUGGAAAAAGACUGAAUGGUGGAGAGAAGAAAAAGAACUGGACCCACCUCUCAUUUCCAAAAGACUGCUGUCUCUUUGAUGAUGUAGUUCUCCACCUGUUCGUCAACGUUUAACACUGAUUGUUGUACAGUGUGUGUGCAUAUCAUUAUUUGUCUAUAAAACGUUUUGAAGGUACAUGUUCUUACAUGAUGUAUAAUGAACCUUGUAAGGGUAAUAAAACUAUGAUUCAAA